UACGUUUCUAUGUUUGCAUCUGUCCUGAAAACGUGUGAGGAUUCGGUUCCCGAAAUGGCAACUUCUUCUUUUUUGUUAAAUAUGUGCAGUGGAGGGGUGAAAAAAAAUUGUUGUUUUUUUUUUGCUCCAAACGUUGAUGCUCUGCAGAUUGCGGCUCCUGCCAGCUCUUUGUUUGCAACAAUGGAUGAAUAUGUGUCCACCACAGAAGACUACUGGUUGAUGGACUACGACAACUACACCUUCUCCCCCGAGAGCAGCAAGACGCACGCGGCCCCCUGCCCCCACCAGGACAUCUACACCUUUGCGCAGCGAUACCUUCCCGUGGUCUUCGGCCUGGUCUUCUUCCUGGCCCUGGUGGGCAACGUGCUGGUGCUGUGCGUGAUCCGGCGCUACAGGACGUCCCGCGGCGGCAGCUGCUCCUUCUCCCUCACCGACACCUUCCUCCUCCACCUGGCCAUCUCCGACCUGCUGCUGGCCUUCACGCUGCCGCUGUUCGCCGUGCAGUGGGCUCACCAGUGGGUUUUCGGCGAGGUGGCCUGCAAGAUCUCCGGCGCCCUUUUCUCGCUCAACCGCUACAGCGGCAUCCUCUUCCUGGCCUGCAUCAGCUUCGAUCGCUACCUGGCCAUCGUGCACGCCGUCAACGCCAGUUGGAAGCGCAGCACCUGCCAGGCCCAGAUCGCCUGCGGCCUGAUCUGGGCGGGCUGCCUGGGCCUGGGAUGCAUCGACUUCGCCUUCAAGCAGGUGGGGGAGGUGGAUAUCAUGGCUGGACGGGGGACGCUCCUGUGCCAGGUUUGGUUCACCGACAACCCCGUGCAGUGGCAGGUGGGGCUGCAGCUGGUCAGCGUGAGUCUGGGGUUCGGACUCCCGCUCCUGGUCAUGCUUUACUGCUACAUCUGGAUCUUCCGCUCGCUCUGCAACGCCACCCGCCGGCAGAAGCGCAAGUCCCUGCGCCUCAUCGUCUCCCUGGUGUCCGUCUUCGUGCUCUGCUGGGCGCCCUACAACUGCUUCCAGCUGGCCGACAGCCUGCAGAGGCUGGGCCUGGUGCCCGGCGGGUGCCGGUUCGGCCGCGUCGUGGACAUCGGGACCUUGAUCACCGAGAGCGUGGGGCUGUCGCACUGCGCGCUGAACCCCUUGCUGUACGGCUUCGUGGGGGUCAAGUUCCGCAGGGAGAUGGCUCGGAUGUGCAAAGGGCUGCUGGGAGCCAGAGGCUGGCUGGGGACGGAGGAAUGGAGGGACAGGAGGCGCAAAACCGCCAGCUCCUACAGCUCUGCCGAGAGCGAAAACACCACCUACUCCGUCAUGGGGUAAUGACGCUUUAGAACCGGGGUCUCCGACAGCGGAUGCACCUUUUUUCACUGCACAGUGCCUUCACACUCAUGGUUUUGUACUUUAGUCCGUGCCAAUGUAUCGAAAGAAAUAUUUUUUGUCGGGUUAAUUUAACAUCCACACUGGCGACUCGGUAAACAAUCUGGGUGUUAUCUUCGACCCAACUCUCUCCUUUGAGUCACACAUUAAAAGCGUUACUAAAACGGCCUUCUUUCAUCUCCGUAAUAUCGCUAAAAUUCGCUCCAUUCUGUCCACUAAAGACGCCGAGAUCAUUAUCCAUGCGUUUGUUACGUCUCGUCUCGAUUACUGUAACGUAUUAUUUUGGGGUCUCCCCAUGUCUAGCAUUAAAAGAUUACAGUUGGUACAAAAUGCGGCUGCUAGACUUUUAACAAGAACAAGAACGUUUGAUCACAUUACGCCUAUACUGUAUAUACCUUUAUAUACAUAUAUACCUACAUAUAUAUCUAUACUGUAUAUACAUUUAUAUACAUAUAUACAUACAUAUAUAUCUAUACUGUAUAUACCUUUAUAUACAUAUAUACAUACAUAUAUAUCUAUACUGUAUAUACCUUUAUAUACAUAUAUACCUACAUAUAUAUCUAUACUGGCUCACCAGCACUGGCUUCCUGUGCACUUAAGAAGUGACUUUAAGGUUUUACUACUUACGUAUAAAGUACUACACGGUCUAGCUCCAUCCUAUCUUGCCGAUUGUAUUGUACCAUAUGUCCCGGCAAGAAAUUUGCGUUCAAAGGACUCCGGCUUAUUAGUGAUUCCCAAAGCCCAAAAAAAGUCUGCGGGCCAUAGAGCGUUUUCAUUUCGGGCUCCAGUACUCUGGAAUGCCCUCCCGGUAACAGUUCGAGAUGCCACCUCAGUAGAAGCAUUUAAGUCUCACCUUAAAACUCAUUUGUAUACUCUAGCCUUUAAAUAGACUCCCUUUUUAGACCAGUUGAUCUGCCGUUUCUUUUCUUUUUUCUCCUAUGUCCCACUCUCCCUUGUGGAGGGGGUCCGGUCCGAUCCGGUGGCCAUGUACUGCUUGCCUGUGUAUCGGCUGGGGACAUCUCUGCGCUGCUGAUCUGCCUCCGCUUGGGAUGGUUUCCUGUGAACGGGACUCUCGCUGCUGUGUUGGAUCCGCUUUGGACUGGACUCUCGCGACUGUGUUGGAUCCAUUAUGGAUUGAACUUUCACAGUAUCAUGUUAGACCCGCUCGACAUCCAUUGCUUUCCUCCUCUCCAAGGUUCUCAUAGUCAUCAUUGUCACCGACGUCCCACUGGGUGUGAGUUUUCCUUGGCCUUACGUGGGCCUACCGAGGAUGUCGUGGAGUACCCGGAGGGAACCCACGCAGUCACGGGGAGAACAUGCAAACUCCACACAGAAAGAUCCCGAGCCUGGAUUUGAACCCAGGACUGCAGGACCUUCGUAUUGCGAGGCAGACACACUAACCCCUCUGCCACCGUGAAGCCAUGUUUGUUUAAAAAGGUACAAAAAUAUUUCAACAUAAAUAAAAAUAAUAGUGGGUUCACAAAAUAAAAUUCUGUUUAUUGGGAAUCUGGACCCUGGAGUUUGACACUAAAUGCAAUGUCAGGCCCUCAAGUAGUUACUUUUUGUCAUCUAGUCUUGUGUAAAAUUUUAACAUACAUUUUUUAUCCAAAAGGAGACUGAGGGCGGCAAGCAAACGUUGCAGCAAAGUAAAGCCAAUGGAGUCUAAUCUUUUCAUUUCUACCACAAGUCUCCUCCACCAAUCGGCAAACAGUUGUUAAGUCACCUCAGCAAUCUUACAACCCCAACCCGACAGGGUACCAUGAAUAGAGCCUGCUAGUACCUUCUUUUGCCAGUGGAAAACCACCAACAAGGAGCAGGUACUAUACCUGUCAUGUCUCACACCUGCUUUCAAUCACCACAUCUCUAUUUAAGCCUGUCAUUUUCUGUUGGUCGUCCUGGUGUCAUCGUGUUUCUUUUCAUGCUUUGUCCAUGCCAGUUUUUUCAUGCCAAAGUCCUUGCUACUCUUGUCCAUGCCAGUUUUUUCAUGCCAAAGUCCUUGCUACUCUUGUCCAUGCCAGUUUUUUCAUGCCAAAGUCCUUGCUACUCUUGUCCAUGCCAGUUUUUUUCAUGCCAAAGUCCUUGCUACUCUUGUCCAUGCCAGUUUUUUCAUGCCAAAGUCCUUGCUACUCUUGUCCAUGCCAGUUUUUUUCAUGCCAAAGUCCUUGCUACUCUUGUCCAUGCCAGUUUUUUCAUGCCAAAGUCCUUGCUACUCUUGUCCAUGCCAGUUUUUUUCAUGCCAAAGUCCUUGCUACUCUUGUCCAUGCCAGUUUUUUUCAUGCCAAAGUCCUUGCUACUCUUGUCCAUGCCAGUUUUUUCAUGCCAAAGUCCUUGCUACUCUUGUCCAUGCCAGUUUUUUUCAUGCCAAAGUCCUUGCUACUCUUGUCCAUGCCAGUUUUUUCAUGCUAAAGUCCUUGCUACUCUUGUCCAUGCCAGUUUUUUCAUGCCAAAGUCCUUGCUACUCUUGUCCAUGCCAGUUUUUUUCAUGCCAAAGUCAUUGCUACUCUUUUCCAUGCCAGUUUUUUCAUGCCAAAGUCCUUGCUACUCUUGUCCAUGCCAGUUUUUUCAUGCCAAAGUCCUUGCUACUCUUGUCCAGCCAUAGUAAGUGUUAUUUGCAUUAUGUUCAUGGUUUGUUAAAGUGUUAGUUUUGUCUCUUUUCCCAAGUUUUGUUUGUACCUUUUUUUUAGUUAAAAUUAAAUCAUGUUUUUACCUGAA